AUGCUCAGAAAUUUAUGCUCGACAGCUCUCCGACUCGGCAGACAACCGCGCUUUUUGUCAAAUGCGGCAUCGGGCGAUGGAGAGGACGGGGUUAGAUUUAACGAUUAAAUCUUUUUGAGAGAAAUAUGGCUUCUUCAUUUCAGAAAGGACCAAAAGCGAAGGACGUUAUUGAUGACGAAUUGCUGAAGGCGAUUGAUGGAGUUGCCAAAGAAAUUCAUCCCCAGAAUGGCGUGGAGAAGAAAACGUGAGUUUUCUGUUUAAGAAAUUACGACCAGAUAAUGUUUCAGACUGAAAAACACGUUAAUAAAUCGAUUAGUAGCUACCGAAAAAGCGACUUUCGAUGCGGCAGCGGCGUCGGCAAGCGGUGAAAUGCUCGACGAUCAGGCUCUUCUUGGUCUGCUCGCUGACGUCGCAGGAGAAGCGAAAGUUGAAAAAAAACUGCCUCCCAAGUGAGUUAUUCGCAUUCAACCGCAAAUUUUGAAUGUGUUUUUUUUAAGAUCCGCUCAACUCCGACAAGAAAAACGAGGCCUCGUGCUUCUCCGAAAGGAGAUCUUCUAUCAGGCAGUUCAGAGUGGAUUUACAACGGAAGAGGCGCGCAUCAAAUCGGAAACGAUCGUCAAUGAGGCACAAGUGAAGCUCGCUGAACAACGAAAAGGCCUUCUGAAUGACGUGGAGGAGAAAUUGGAGCAAGAGGAGACGGAACAAAUUGAGAGGAGCGAGAAAGAGCAGAAAUUGUUCGCAUUGGCGAUGGAAUUCAUGGAGAAGAUCUACAGGGACGACGUGAUCAACAGCGACGCCCGGAAGCCUGUUAAUGUCGACGCAAAUGCCAUCAAACUGUUCGAUCAGCGACCUCUGGGCAUCUGGAAAAAGACGGAACAGUACGAACAGCAGUCACUCGGAUUCUGGAGCCAAUGGGAUCAACGGGCGGCGUCCAUCACGAACAACUCAUUCGGACCGACGAAUUCAUUCGAAGAGCAGAUUCAAUGGACGGCGAAAGGCAAGCAGUGGGAGUAUCCGAUUGAUAAUGAAUUCAAGAUCGGCGACGAAGCGAAUGUUUCCUUCAUUGACCACAUCUUCUUGGACCGACAUCUUCCUUCGUUAGGCAUUCCGAAGACAGGCCCGAUUGCUCAUUUUAUGCAUUUGGUCUGUGUGGGAUUGUCUAAGAAUCCAUAUAUGACAGCGAAGAAAAAGAGGGAGCAUCUGCAAUGGUUUGCCGAUUAUUUCAAUGAAGAGAAGCAAAAGCUAGUGCACAAACUACACGAACAAGAGCAAACUGCCGCUCAGAACGCCCUCUAACUCUUCGAAUGCUUCUCGCUUAGAUUGUAGAUGUCUUGUUUUUCUUUGCGUUUUCAUAGGAAUUCCUAUCCAUUUGUUGUUUAUCAUAUCUUGUUUUCGACCCAAACCCCCAUAAAAUCUCUUCCUCCUCCCUCGUCAUUUUUUAAGUUGGUAUGAAACUCGCUGGACUGAUCCCCGAGUAAAAAUAUAUGAAGCGGAAAAAUUUUAGUAAAUCGGGAGAGCUUUUCAGAGACACAUGGACUUAACCCAUUUCGUGGUGCGCGAAGAAGUGGCCGCCAAUUCCAAGAAGACGUAUGUGCUCGAAAGAAGGUAAGAAUAGGUCGCAACUACAGAAUUCGAUCGCCUCACUCGUCCUUCCGAUCCUUUUUUGUCUCGCAACGGAACCAAUUAAAAAGCGGGCAUUUUGCAAGUUAUGCGCCGCCCGUCGCCGCCGUUUCUUUCCCUCAUCACGCACCUCUUCGUGUCCUUUUUGAUGGGAUGUCUUCUUCUGAUGCUGUCCGCACUUUUUGGUGGGAGAAUUGCCUCGAAAAUUGCGUGUGAUGAUCAUUUUGCCCGUAUGCAUUUCGCCUAGCCGCCGACUACGCCGAUUUUUGUCAAGUUUCACCUAAUCCCUCUUCUAGUGGAGUGAAAUUAAAAAGAAGAAGCAUACGAAAAGAGACAAACAGUAAACAGGUUGGAAGACCCGGUCUCUGGUUCUCAAAAGUUGUCUCUAUAGCUUCGCAUUUUCGAAUUCCCUCGUUUUUCCCAGCUUCUACAUUUCUACAUUUCAAAAACAUCAAUAUAUUUAUUGGUUCUCAGAAUUUUUGUGUAGAAAGUUUUAUGUUUUCUGAAAAAGCCCAGUCGAUUGUCUUCCUACGCAUAAGAGCGAAAACCACCUUUUGAGGGGAAUCCAUUAGCUCAUUGGUCGCUUAGCAUAACUUUCCGCUCGCUCGAUGCAGAAUCGAUGCUAUCUCGUCGUCCCGUCCGUCUCUUUAUCCGUCCCUAAUUGGAGUGGUGUCUUGUCCACGGUGACAGGUGCAAAACUGUUUUUUUUGGCGCAAUAGGAACAGUGCAGGUUGCUCGCACCUGCAUUUGAACAAAAAGUUUUGAUCUGCAGUUCUAGGCGCCUGUGCCCAGCACUCUGACACCUGUGUGGCACAUUCAUUCAUUCAAACAAGAAUGACUCACUUCCGUACUGCCGCUUGUCUCUCCUCGACACUACUAUACGUGUGUGUGGGAUUGUUGCCGAGUCUAGAGUGACCCAGUGGAUACCCUCAAAUUGUUUAUUUAUUCUGGUUUUUGUGUCCAUUCUGCGAACAGUGAUUGAUCGUGAAAGCCCAGAAUCCAAUUGCAUAUCAGAUUUCAGACGUUCUCUGCAUUCGCUUCCUGCAAAGAUCCUUAAAAAAUUUUAUAAUAAUAAUAAUCUGCCGACAGUAAUGAAAUUCCCUCAGUUCCUGUGCUGAUCCUACGCCUAAUCUGCCGAUUACACCUUUUCGGCCUCUCCUCGCCCCGUCUCGCCAAUUGACCGAGUGCACCACACACACACACGUGCAGGUGUCAUCGCUGUCCCUCUGCCUUCUCCACAAUCUUCUCACUCUCUAUGCACCGGCUCGUACCGUCCAUCCCUUUCUCUCCGCCUGUUCGGCAGUCUGUCCUCCUCCCCAAUACGGUCGCCCUCGAUUCUUCGUCUCUUCCUCUCCGCUUGCUAUCCAUCCGGCCUCGGUCCGCUCGCUCACUGUCGUUUGUUAUUGUUGCCUAUUGGGCAUACAGUGGUGGCAUGGCACGAUUAUGACCUCCUCCUCUUCCUCGUCCGCCUUUUCGUUCGCCUUCUGCAUCACCCGCUCCGCUCACUGCUCCAUUUUCGCUCUUUCUCUCGCCAAUCGAGAGUUUGUUUAUGUUUGUGUGACCUGGUCGUUGACGCCCUCGGUGACCAUUUCGGUCGACGUGAGAGAGGAAGCGAGGCAGAUUCUGUGCUAUCCGUUGGAAAAAAACACGUGUCGACGUGCUUUUUUGUGCGGCACCCUAGAAUGAAACAUGUGCACACACGGAGGCAUGUGGUCUCGCCUCCGGAAUCGGUCCCGCUUCCUCCUGACAUCCAAGACACUUCUCCGAGCGUAACCUACAAACGAAAUGUCAACCGCCAACGUCGUGUUCGUAGCCUUGGUAGGGUAGUCCUAGAAUGAUCUCCGUCAACAAUGUUCAGUAGCCGAAUCGAAAAUCGUUUUGAUGUUUCAUUGAUCAACCAGUUGCCUUGAGUGGUUUCAUUGAUUUCGAGGAUGUCAUACCGAUUUUAGUAUGCAAGUGUCAUGUUCCUUCUUUCUCGUCAUGCCUUUGGAUUUUUGAUACAUACUGUAUUUUGAUCCAUUUCAAUUUCUAACAAUAGUUUUUGUUCAAGUGCGCACUAUUCAUUUAUUGUUGCUUCUCUGAUGUUCGUACUUUUGUUAUUCUAAGUUAGAUACUUCAGAAUCUCACUUUAUUAUACUAAUACCGUAUUUUAACUAUGAAAAUCCUCUUCUUCUCAUUUGACGCCACAACUGACCACGUGAAUUAUUCCUCCGUUCGAUUUCCUCUCCCUCCAUUUUUUAUACACUUUUAUCGGGCCCGUCAGGGGUCUCUGAGCAGUUCCGAGCUCUUUACUCUGCUCGAAACGAAUUAAUCAUUGCUCGUAAAAGACCGCACCACCAUCGGCACCGGGAACUCGGAUAAAAAACGACAGCAGAAGCAGCAGCAGCAGGGUCUGAUCGGCAGAAUGUGGGUGACCGGCUGGUAGGCGGGACGGCCAGAAACAACGGGAGAUUGCGUGUGCGUUUAUACACACACACACAUCAAGUAGAAAUAUGCUUCUCCUUCUUCUACUGCUGCUGCUUCUUCUGUUUCUUCCUUUUCCUCUUCUCCUUCUUCGCCACUUUCUCCUCUUUCCGUUUUUUUUCGGCGAGGCGGUGUGCCUUCUCCAUCUCCUCUUUCUCUUUUUAUUCCUCCUACUUCCCACAACGGGUUUAAACACAUUUUUAGUCGACGGUCAUACUAUACACUUCAAGAAUUUUCUGAUCUCUUUCUAGACCGACAUUUUUAGUAUGGAUAUGAAUGUUUCUGUUCAAAUGAUUCACGUUCGCUCUAGUCGAAACAACGAAAAGCUCGGUCGUAUCUGCCACGUGUCUGUUGUUGUGCGAUCCAGAACCGGCUACCACCGAACCAGGAACUAGGCUUUCACACGAAAACGGUAGUCGAGAGCGAGAGUAGAUUGAAAUCUGAUUGCUUUCACCAUCGCUCGUCCCUUUUUGUUCUAGCGGGUCUCCACAGAACCGGAACCGAGUUCCAAUGUAGAUGAACACGUACUGAUUCUUUAUUGUCGAUUCUCAAAAAGGUGUCAAACUUUCGGAGCUUUCCGGAAGUUUCUCGAUAACGAUGUUUCAUGAGAAAAACAACGUGUGACAGUCUAGUCUAUUCGAGGAACUGAUGAUGGAGAAAGACGAGAAAGACACACACACACACAUACAAACAGACAAACAACACACAUUUUGAUGCGAUAUGCAAUGCUUCUUCUUCUUCUCGCCUUCACUAACACACUUCCUUUUCUUCCACCGCGUUCUCCUCCUCCCCCUCUUCAACUCUUCGGACAGACGGAGGGCUGAUGCUCCGAGAAAAAGUUAUUAGCUUGUUGGUGUGUAUGUGCUUUGCGGCAGAAGAACGAAACCAACAGCAGCGGCAACAGCAGUAGCACACGAGAGAAGGAGAAGACAUGACGACUUUUAUUUUAUGAUUUGUAUCAUCAAACGACCCGCCCGUCCUGGCCUACGCCCAGCUAGUCGCUUUUCCUCCUCACGUGGAACGCGGCGUCUACAGUGCGAAGAACGAAGAACGCGGACGAGGAUUCGGUUUGAUUUCGUCUUGCAUAGAGUGUGAUGAUUUCGAAGACGGAGACAGUCAGAAGCGGCACGACGCGGCGACUUGAAAGACGCGGACGAACACAACCGAUCCGUCCGCAGUCACCGCCACCAUCGCCUCCGCCGAUGAAUUAUUUUGGAUGACGGAGGCGCGCGCCCUGGCCUCCUCCUCCUCCGUCUUCUUCUACUCCUUCCUUCCUCCGUUUCGUUCGCGUACUCCGCGGCACCGGUGACGGACACCGCUCGCUCUGCUGACCGCCAUCUCGUCGUGUCUGCUGUGUCGGUGACUGACGAUCGGUGGCCAUUCAUUCGGUACCCGCUUGCUUCUCGACUGAUCACAUUCAUCGCCUUUAGGCGAAGUAGUUUUUUUCUCAUCACUCCAAUUCACAAUCGAUAGUAUUUUGUGUGUGCCGCGAGACGACCCGACCUCCGCGAUAGUCUCUUCGUCACCUCACUAUCAGCCCGUUUUUCCCCGAAAACGCAAUGAUGUUUUGGCGCGUUCUUCCUCCGCCUUCUUCCUCUUGUGCCGUUUCCUCGUCUUGUAAGGCGGCGCCCAUUUGCGUAGCUGAGUUACUUAUCAGUUCGUCUCCCAUCGAGAAUAAAUUGUAAUUGUCGACUUGCACAAUUAGUACGACUCUGACUCCCUUUCUGACUUCAUGUUUUUGCAGUGAUACUUCCUACUUCUUUCUGUUCUGAUCUCUGUAUUCGUUCCUGAUCUCAUUGCAUAUAGUCUAGACCCGCGUGGUCGCUCAGAAUAGGAUCGAAUCAGAAGCGACACACAAAGUCAAAAACAAAACUAUUUCGCCCUUCCACCUAUUUGACACCUAGUUUCUUCCGCUUCUACCACAUUAUCGCUCCUCCUCGUUUUCUUACGAUGUCGCGUCUUCAUCGUUUUCAUAGCCUACGUCGUCGUUGACUUCGCCGACGAAACGGCCGGUAAUAAGUCGGAUUGGAUUCGAAUUUCGAAUCGAAACCUCUGUGUCCGUUUGUGUGCCCCUUCUCCCUCGCCAGCGAAUUAUGCGGUUUUAAUUGUUUCGCGAAAGAGUCGAAAGGGCAAGCGGGUCACUAUUCACUCUUUUCUCGACGGCUUUGCAUACUUUUCGCUGUUCCUCCCCUUCUUUUGCCUUCGCCGGUCGGGUCGACUACGUCGCCGUCGAAAGGGGGUUAGGGUGUGCAAGUACGCGAGAGGCUUAGAGAGACAAGGAGAGAGAAACACUGGCCGAAUGAUGGUGGUGGUGGUUAACGGGCGUAUGUCCCUCUCUUUUCUAUGUCUCGAAGUGCGCAGUGUGUCCAUAUCUCAUCCCGAGUCUUGCCCUCCUUCUCCUACCAAAAGGAUAUGGCUCUUGGAGAGAAAGCGACGGGCGUGCCCAGAGUGUGCUCUUUCCCGCUUUGCCUUCGAAACAGAAAAAGGAGAAGAGGCGAAAGAAGAAGUCGAUCAGUUUGGCAAGAGGUUGGGACCACACAUACACACGUACUGACAUACAUACACGGAGAGCCAAACGUCUUUGCGCCUCACUUAUCUUUGCGGCUCCCCUCUCCAAGAUGGACAGAUCUGCGCGUCGGCACUCGCCCCAUCAUCACCUUGUGUGCAAGUGUGUCUAUCUAUGUGUGUGGUCUCCUUUCUCGAUGAGUCCUUGUGGUUUUCUUCGGCAACAACACAUGCCUGUUUGCGUCUACAACCGACGACGACGACGACUCGCUCCGCCAUCGGAUUAGUGGACCCGGAGUGAUCUCGCGGCAGUCGCUUCUCAUCUGUGCCGCUCUUCCGACCGCACAUGUCCUCUCGUUGUACUCCACGGAGGCGGUCAUGCCGAUGCGUUGAGGAAUGCUACGAGAUCAGUGGUGACUAUGACGGUGUGCGGAAUAAUGUAGACGUCAGCUAGUUUGCUAUGAUUAAGAGCCAGUUCUAGGAAUAGUACCGUAUCUCUAUACUCUAUAUUCGGUCAGGUGCUUAGCAAGUUUCUAAGAAACUCUGUGCACUGCACUGAAAGCUUGUGUGUAGUUUGUUUUAUUCUCUAUUAUUCUCUAUGCCCGAAAUUCAAAUACAUCAACACCACCUCCAUUUUUUGUUUCUCUUUCGCUGCCCCUACGCCCCCCACUCACGUCAUCAUAUCUCAGCGAUAAUUGCUCUGCCCACUUGAGCUCACCAACCCUGCUCACCUGGUUGCCACGUGCACUUUCUGACGUUUCUUCUUCUUCCUUUUCUUCUUUUCGACACACCAUUUUAGGCAGUCUUCUACGAGCUACGUUGUCCCGUGUCAUCAGGCUACACACAUGCACAUGCACACACAAACCCAUACACACUCCUCACUAAACAUAUCGAGACACCCUUUUUUCUUUUUUAUUCCAAAAAUACACACUCGCUCAUGAAACGGCUGCCGGGUUUCUGGUCCCCAUCGGCUCACGAGAGAUCAUCCUCCGCUCUUCUCAGUCAGUCCAUUUCUUCUUUUUAGUACUCUUCCGCGUGCUCCUGAAAUUCAUGCCUUUUUUCCGUUUGCACCGUGCACUUCCCCUUUCUCUCUCGCUUUUCUAGUUACCAUUCACUGCGUCUCUUCAUCUCACGCGCUUUUUUCGCGUGUCGUUCGCGCCCGAGUCGCCGUCAUUCUCCCCUGUUCUUUUUAGGCGCCCGGCGUUUUUUCUAUCACUGUGUGUUGGCGCCGCGGCCGUCGAAGCUGCAUGUGUAUGCAUGUAUGUAUAUGGUGUGCGUAUCUCUCUGCGUAUGUAUAUGUAAACGGCCCCUCCUGCCGCUGCCCUUGUCUCGUUGUGUGCCCUUGUGCUCAGCCAUCCUCGGACCACGGGCGCCCUCAAUAACUGCCGAAGACUCCUUUGUCGAAAUUUUUUUUGUUUUAUUUUCUCUGCCUUCUCUUAAAGUCACGUCGUUGAUAUGGUCGUUUCCUUCUUCCGCCCACCGCCCGCUCGCACGUUUGAACGUUUCGUCAUCGACGAUCAACGUAUCAUUCUCCCUCUACUCCCUCUUCCCGUUCUUUUCUCCUUUCUUGAUUUCGGCGUCGCUUUUCGCUUUUGUUUGACUCUCGUCGACAGAGAAAACUUUACCGUACAAUUUCUGAGGGAGUCUACGUAGCGUUCCGAGAAUCUGGAGAGCUCUGUGGAGCGCUUACUUCCGCCUAGACACCUCUUCACAGAUGACUAGUCCUUUCUCCUUCUCCAUCGACAAUUGGUGGCAAUGCGUCUACACUUUCGACUUUUAAAAGUACUCAAUGACUGCUCCGUCUGCUCUCCUUGCUCUUUAUGUGCUCAGAAAUUCAGGGGGAUACUUCUCCUGCAUCUCGCACACACAUUCGCCACCCCUCCGCUUCUCGGCCCCAUUCUGCUCAUUCAUUUCGUUGUGCUCACUCAAUCCUCCCCGGGUGCCUCCUUUCUCCGAGAUUUUGUGCUCUCGCGCCUCGGUCCGCCGUCAACCCCUAAUAACAAGCACAUCAGAUGUUUGAAAUUGACUAGUCUCUCCCGGCCUCUCUUACUACUCUGCUCUUUGUCUCUUUUCACUGAAUCUUCGUGUUUUUCCACUUCUUCUUCUUCUUCUCCUUCUCAUCUUCUUUCUUUGCAGAACACCGGAGUUGAACGCCGGAAUGAAGCCGUCGACGAGCAAGACGGCGUCUUCAUCCGCCGCGACACCGCCGCCCGACGAGCCGACUCUUCCGUAUGUCAACGACAAUCUGCCGAAUCCCGACGAUGAGCCGUGAGUGUUCAAGAAUAAGUUUCACGAAAACGAAGCCCUUUUCCAGUUUCUUGAGCGACAUGCGUGGUGUUCUCUCGGGUGACGAGAUCGCACGCCAGAAGUCGCAGAUCGCUCACGCCAAGUUCAUGAAGACGCGUCCUGAGAUGAUCCAAAGUCAGCGGGCAGUCACCGCCCAACUCUUCCAGCGUUACACGGACGACGAGGAACGCAAGCGGAUCGAACAGCAGAAGAACAAGGAAGCGAUGACCGUAUCGGCAACGCCUGUUUCACGAAAUGGGCAGUCGCACGAUUCGCGGAAGCGACGGAUAGAUCCAACGACGGCGAAUGCUGAGGAGGGAUGGAACAGAACUCAGCAGCAACAACAGCAACAACAGCACUGGAUGGGACAACAGCACGGAUAUCAGCACAUGCAACAGCAUCAGUUCCAGCAGCAGCAGCAACAGUACAUGAUGAUGCAGCAGCAACACCACAUGGCCGCUCAACAACAGCAACAACACAUGCAGAUGCAGCAGCCACACCAUCAGCAGAUGCCGUCGACCUCUUCUGCCGAGUCUGUCCGUUCUGUGCCGACGCCCGCUUCCAUGCACCAACCUAGUCCAGCAGAGAUACAACGAAAUGGAAGCGGAAUGGCAAUGCUUGUCAGUCCGCCUUCGAGUGCGAACGGAGUCACGUUGCUGGACGACACUCCGCUUUUGGUGCCCGAAGGAGAAUGGUUCGAUAAGCUCACGAUUGAAGUCGCUGUAAGUUUUCGAGGCAAGCCCAGAGGCUAACAAUCAUAAGUAUUUGCAGGAAAACUACAAACCGGAACCAAUCGAUCCGGACACGUAUGAAUCUGUAUUCCGUGAACUGAGUCUUCCCGACACUACAAUACCGGAUCGUCUUCCAUCGGCACCUCCACCUGUCCACCAGCCUCCGCAGACUCCACAAUCCAUUCAGCAAGCUCAACAACUCCAGCAGCAGCAGGAGCAGAAGAUGCGUUUGCUUCAGCAGCAGCAGAUGGAGCAACAGCGACACCAUCAGAUGAUGCAGCAGCAGCAGAUGCUCAUGCAGCAACAGCAACAACGGCAAAUGCAGCAUCCGAUGAACGGCGCUGGAUUCGCGGCGAGUCAACAGCAGGCGGCGUACAUGCAACAGCAGCAGCAAUUGAGGAUGCAACAGCUACGGUACUUUCAAGUUUCAUGUCGCUCUCAUUUCCAAUCGAUACCUUUUCAGCUACCAACAACAGCAACAACAGCAUCACCAGCAGCAGCAGCAGAUGAUGGCGUACGGAAUGCCGGGCUAUGCUCCGCAAAUGAACAUGCACCAUCCUUCGGCCUACGCUGCUCAUCCAGCUCAUCACAUGCCGCAGCACACUCCGUUCGCCAAUAUAAACUGA